AUGCAUCUUUUACUGGAGAGCAGAACUGAUGCGGAAGAAUCAUCUGACGCCGAUCCACGCGCUUGCCUUAAAGAAAAAUAUUUUAUUAUUUGCGUAUUCGUGCUUUUAAUCGAGGACAACUUGUCGAUGACAGCGCCCCGGGAUUUGAACUUCUUCGUCUGCGCUUUUUCAUUGUCUUUCGAUUCGUUAAAGACGUGCGCAGUCAAACCGCUCGAUCCUAAGGCUGAUUCCCUUGGAAUAUGUACACGCUGUUUGUUAAGCGCCGCUGCAUUCGCGCCAAAAUGGAGACGCGGAAUUGAUGACUCUUUUCCAUCCGUUUUCACUAACAUCGACUCCCUUGCCGACUUGGAUUCUGCUGUCGCAGACAUUUGCAACGCGAGGGUUGCUAUCGCCACCCUUGCUCCGUGGUCUUACCUUAUCUCUCCCCCUUCCUCUAACUCACCUCAUCCUCCUCCUUUCACUUUACUUUUCUGUCCUUCUCUCUUCUUAUCACCCUGCUCACGGACGUUGAUACCGUCCCUACCUAUUCAUGUCCCUCCCCUCUCUCUCUCCGUUCCCUCCUCUCCUCCCUCUCCCUCCCUCUCUCCCCUCUCCCUCCCCUCUCCUCCCUCCCUCCUCUCUCUCUCUCUCUCUCUCUCUCUCUUUUGUCGAACUCUAGAUAGCUAUCCUGUUAAGCUUGCUAUUGUUUCAAUCGUCAAAUCAAAAAUUAAUUUAUCACUGAAUGUUUAUAAAUGA